CAAAAGAAGAUGGCUUCGACCUUGGCUACACGUGUGGGAGCGGGUACAGUGAUCGCUGUUGGGAUUGUGAUAGUAUCUUUCAUCUUAUGGAGGAAGAAGAAAAGAGGAAAACCCAAGGAUGCCAUACCAUCAACUCCUGGUGGUGUUGUAAAGCCAUCGGUGGAAAAAGAUACAACAGUUUCUGCAUCGGGAGAUGCUUUCUUCCCCAGGAAGUCAGUCACUCCUAAUCAGGGAGUCUCUGCUGGCCAGGCUGAUGGUGAUGUAACAGGAGCAGGGGACGGCAGUGGUUCUGAUAAUUAUGUCUGUGAAGAUGGAAUGUGUAGACUUGUGAAGGAGCCAUGGAAAACUACAAAGGCCAAACAAAAGGUCAGAUUUGAUCCUUUGGCUGAGGAUAUGACUAAAUCCCUAACAGAGUUUUUUGAAGGGCGCACUGAACCUGAAAAGGGUACAGAGGAAAAUGGCAAAGUGGCAAAACCAGAAAAUACUGUAAUUGACAGGAAAGAAACAUGCCAACAAAAAGAGGUGAAAGAUACCUUACAAUGUGUGAAACCUGAGCAGGAAUCAAGUGUUAUAGUUGAAUCUGUAAGUAGGACUGUGUGUGCAGAGCCAAUGAUACAGCCCAGUGAAGGGAAUAAAGUUACAAGUGACAUGCCUUCCCAAAAUCAAUUAGCAUCAGAGGUCAAUACACAACAGGGUCAUGGGUUAGAAAAAGUCAUUACAGAUCAGGGUCAAAGGUCAUCAGAGAAAGGACAAGGUGAGGAGUCGAUGGAAACAGAGACUAAUGGUCUAGUAGCAGGUAGCUACGAGGAAGAAGAUGAGGUAUGGGAGGUUGGCCGUUACGAAGAGGAAGAUAUAUCUAUGGCCAUCCUGGUAUCCCAGAAUUCCCCAGGCAUCUUGUCCCGCAGCAACGCAGAGAUUCUGGUGGCAUUGUUGUCACAUCCUGAGACCAAGCUACUGAAAGCUGCACUCAAUGGUAUAAAGAAGAGCUCAACAUUCACCCGCAAUCAGAAUUUAUUUCGUCAACAUGGCUGCUUAGAGAAGCUAAGUAAGUUACUAAGAUCCCAGAGUAUGUCCUUGAGACAUGGGGUCAAGUCGUCUCGGGAAGUUGUGAGCUCGGUGGCUACUGCCAUCACCAAUCUCUCGGCCAACACAGAAAAUCACAAAAACCUUGAGUCGUGUGUGCCCACCCUGGUGGACCUAACGUUGGAAGAUGAGACGGGAGAAAGUGUAUGUCUGUCGUCUCUGCAGGCCCUCACCAACCUGUCUCUGACCGACCAGUACCAUCGCCACUACACCCGUCUCAUCCAGAAACUCUACGACCUGCUGGAUACAAAUCAACACAACAUACAGCUCCAAGCACUGAAGGUCCUAGUCAACCUGUCCUGUAGUACAGAGAUGGUUCCUCACAUACUAGCUGCCAAGGCGCCAGGCUGCCUGUUGGAGCUGCUGAAACAGGGAUCAGAUGAGGCCUUGAUCCUCCGUAUGACCACUUUUCUUGCCAAUAUUCUACAUACUGUGCGAGAGGAGAACCUCUCCGUGUCAUCCCUCCCGCCCGACGAUAAGGCUCCAAGCCCUGAGACGAUGUACUCAGCACUCUACAGCAUGAACAAUGUGGGUGCUAUCAAGUCCAAGGUCUUCCUCCUGUGUCGCCAUAGGAACGAAGACAUCAAAGUACAGGCCACCAGGAUCUACCAAUCAAUCGCAAAGUGAUCGUCAUAGCCAUUUUCAUAUUUAUCAUCAGAUAAAUUGUGUCAUUACAAAGUCUAGUAUGAUCAUGUACAUCAUAAGUUGAAGCAUGCAAAGAUCUACAGUACAAUGUACCAAUGUCAGGUAAAGUAAGUCUACUUUUGGCAUGUACAUUGCCAUAGCAUACUUAGAUUUACAAUUUUCAUGUAAUUCUUGCCCCAAUCAAAAUUACAGUUUCAAAUGUUUUGUUCAAUACUUGAAUCUCCAAGCACUUUUACUCUUUCAUGAUUUCAAAAUCAUGAUCUUAAUGGAAAGUAAUCCAAUUUUUGCAAAUCAAAAUACAUGCUUAAUAUCUUCUGAAUAUUCAGUACAGUUUUAAGGGGGUUUUAUGGUAUCGGUGUUUUUGAGGUUAUGAGGUUUGUUGUAAAUACCGUGAAACUUAUAAUGAAUAUAAAAUCACCACCAGAUCAUCACAUUAUGCCUGGAAGUUAACUCCAUCAAAUGUUUUAUUAUCACCUAAUUCUUGUGUAUGUAUUCAGUGAUAUCAAUGAACUCUCUCUUGUGUACCGUUUAAAUGGUCAUUUACUUCUGUGUACCUUUCAAAUGUGUCAUCAAGUCUUGUGUACCUUUCAAAUGUGUAAACACUUCUUGUGUACCUUUCAAAUACCAUGUCAUCAAAUUAUUUAGGUCCUACCGUAAUUACGGUUCUGUUAAUUAGUUUACACAAGACUGUCGACUCAGCACUCAUUAUUUUAAGGGUUUAUUAGUUCAGAUAAACUUAAGAUUUAGUAGUACUAUUUUUAAAAUGAUUAAAUCAGAAAACAAAAACGUUUCUUUCCUUAAUGUAAUUCAUCACUUAAGAUAAUAUUCACAAAAUAUGCAUAGCUCCAAAAAAUAUUUUGGAACAAACUGAAUUUGAAGUUUUACUUAACAUGUGUUUAAGUUGUAAUGAGGGGAGAACACUUCUUGGUAUGAUAGAAUAAAUCAAUGUUUAUACAUCAGUGUACUUCAGUUCAUCUCAAAGUUUAUUGAUUUGUCUUUUCAGCAUUGACCCAUUUCAUUUCUUUGUGGUAACUGUUUUCUAGUCAUUUACCAAUUAAGUCAUUGCCAUUUGCCUCAAAAUAAUUGGGUAUCACCCUCAAAGUUUAACUUGCUUGUAUGUGAAAACAUUAAUGUCUGGUAAAACAAAAUAGUCCUGAAAUGAUGUAUAAAGAAACAAAGUCAGAGAUUUGAUGUUCUAGCCUAGUCUUUCUUAACAAUGCUACCUAUUACAUUUAAUUCAAGCAUUUUACAGUAUACAGAAUUUGUGAUUGUGUAGCGGAACUGGACUGGGUCGAUCAUCCGUGACCAGGUAGCUCAACUGGUGGAGCAUCCAUUCAGAGUUUGGAGGGUCGAGGGUUAGAGUCCUGGUCUGGCCGUGUAUUUCUCUAUCUCCUGUUACAUUUGUAACCUGAUACAUAGUACAUUUAAUAUUCAUUCAGUCCAAUGAUUAUAACCUGUAAUAACAUUUUUGCCGCGGAUCUUUCAAAACAAGUUACACUAUUGUUGAUUGUUAUCAGCAGUUUUUGGUGGUUUGUUUUUUUAAUGUUUACUGGACUUCACUUGUGGUGGAGAGUAAAUGUAUGUUCCUCAUGGUAUUACAUAGUAAGUAGCUAAUAUUUGGCUUUGCCCUCUCGCCAGAACCUUUGGAGUGGAUGACGAAUUUGCCUUCCAUUCAUAAAUUUAAUAAUGAAUUCUGGGUGGAGGUAAUCAGGAAGGUUUCAGCUCUCAGAGUGAUAGAUUCAGCUUAUAAUAUUUUUCAAAUCCUUAAUUGAAAUUUUUGUAUUUUGAGUCCUGAAAGACUGUACACCAUUUAUUUAGUCAGCCAGGUGCAAUUGAGUAUGAUAAUCUAGCAGCCACCACUAAUCCCAAGUGUCCAGCUAUCCAGCAACCACUAAUAUCCCAGUGUCCAACUUUCCAAUUACAUCACUAAUCCAUCCAACACUACUGACUAAUCAAUUGUCUCAUAAUUAUCUGGUCUUCACUAAUCCCAAUGUCCAGUUAUCACCAUCCAGCCAGUGUUUAAGAGGACUAGAUUGGCUCUUUCUAGUAUCAAACUGUCUCCAUAGUCCAACCAUCUCCCAACCCAGUCGAAACAUAGAUAUAUAUGCAUAAACGUGUAUAUGCCGGUAGUGCUAGAAAAGAUAUCGAUGUUGGCAAUUAAGGUAACUAAGACACCUGGUGUGUAGGGACAGACAUCCUAUAGUGAUUUAUGUUUGGGUACUGUAGUUGUGUGUAUCAGCACUUUAAGUACUUCAUGGUACUACAGGAUAUCAUUAUGAGUGUAAAUGGAAUCUCAAGGAGGUCUUGUAAAUAUGCCUAAUAAAGUAUUUAAUAUACAUUUUUGUAUGUACAUAAGUUUAAUCAAGAAAUACAUUGUGUCAAUUUGAUUGAUUUUUUUUGUGGAAUGACUUGUUUAAAUCGUUAAGUUAUGAAUAUUCAAUAUUUGUAAAUAUAAAUUUGUCGUCCCAAAAUCAAACUAACUGCACCUGUGAAAUCAAAGCUGACAUAUGUUACUUUUGUGUUGAUGAACUGCUGGCAAUCAAAGAGAGUUUACAAGAAUAUUGUUUUUGAAUCAAAAUACCUAUAUGUGAGACAGCCUCAGUUCUUUCAUGUCCCUAAUAACUUUUUAAUUAGUUUUUGUAUAAUAAUCAGUAUAACAAUCAAAGUACACAAACUUUUUAAAGGACAAAAUACAUGAAUUUAUUUAAAACAUUUAAGUUUUGUUUUGAAUAUUUGGUAGAUGUCUAUUCACCAUUCCAAUCCAAAAACACCAUUCCUAGUUAUUUUUGCAACUAGAUACGUUGCAUUUACUCUUUAAACAGAAACAUCUUAUUUUAAGCUUUAGGGCGCUGUCUCAAUUCAAUGAUGUUGAGGAAGUCAGCAGAUAUAUUACCUACUUAGUCCCAGGUUAGCUUUAAUUCUUAAUUUUGUGUUUUAUCAAAGAUCAUUCUUAACAAUUGUUUGUUAUUGUGUGUUGCUAACAGGCUAUUUCAUUUGAUAAUUCAUUUGCAAAAUUGUGUCAGCAUAAACGAAUAAACCAUCUCUGGCAAAGAUAAUUGCCAGAAAAGAUGUUUUGCAGUGAUAUGUUGGAUUCUAUGUGAAAUUGUCCAUAAUGAACAGAAUAAUAUGAACUCAUUCACCCCUGAAGACACAUUUGAACUCUUCCAAUUCAAAGGUUGGAAUAGUUCAUUAAGAAAUUUCAGGUGUGAAUGAGUUAAAAUAAACAAAUGUUACAGAUGUAUGUGUUUGUUAAUAUGCAUGAUAUAGAAGGACAUGAGUUGUUUAUUAUAGAAUGUCCUGCAAUUUCAAAAUAAUUGUAACAAAAUUGUGAAGCUUGUUAAAUUGAUUGUACAUACAAUUUAAAAAAAUAUUGUGAAGAAGAAAUAUUUAAAAAUUAUUAUGACUUUAAAAGCAUUAUUACAGAAAAAAUACAUUUCUGUGAAUCUGAUAUGCAACACUUUUUGGAAAGUUAUGUUUAUAGAUUUUUAGAUAUUUAAGGUAAAGCAUGAUAUAUCAUUAAUUACAGACACCAUACCUCAUAAAACCAUGUUAUGUGCUCAGACCACUUGUAAUAACUUUCACAGGCAUUUUCAUGAGAAUGGUACUCUAUAAACCUUGACAAAGAACCUACAAACUUUUUAUAAUAUGAAAUUUAAAAUAUACUUUUUCAUUUUAAUUUGGAAAUGAUCUACAGCACAGAAGCUGAAUUUAGUGUCUGAUACCAGUUUAAGGAGUAUGGGGCCUGGAUUAAUUUGCUCACAGCCUGAUUGACUAGUGAGAACAUUGAUCAUUUAUAUUGCAUGUUUUCAGAAAUCCUAUUACUAAUACAGUCAAUAUCAUAUGACAUUUUGAAAGAGUGGUGUUUUAUAUAGAUAUGAGUUACCUACUAUUUAGUCUAAGUUAUGAAGUUGUUCAAAGUCUUCAUUACUUGGACUAAAUAAAAUAGUAGGUUGUUAUACUGAUAAUGUAGAUUUUUUCCCAUAAUUAUAUUUGACAGUUGUAUUUUCAGAAAUUUUUAAGACUUGUUUCUUUGUCAGACUACAUAACUUUCCUUAAAAUUAUGCUCAAGUCUAUAAUUAUUAUAUUCUUACCUAUAUAUUCUUAUAUGCAAGAUUACAAUAUUGUCGUAGGAGUCAGUGUGGUUAAAAGAGCACCUGUUAUCGUCCUUAGGAAUAUAUAGUAAUUAAUGUCAUGAACAUACAAAACAAACUAAAAUUAUGUUAAUAGUAGUACAUAGUAACUGAAUUACAUAAUCUAGUUAAAACAGAAAAUUAAAGCAAUAUAUGUCAGCAUUUAGGCACUAAAAGGACAACUUAAUACCAAGUCUGUUAGUAUCUACCUGUAUAACUGUACAUAUGGUCACUAAGUUACCUCAAUAAUAAGUUGUACAAUAAUAAAACACUUAUAAAAAUAACACCAGCAAUUCCUAUAUCUGCAAAAAUAAGCAUGGGAUUUUGUUGAUAGCUCGGGAAAGCAAUCUUCAUUCUGAUAAAGGUAAUGAAAUCUGUUCAUAAAAGUACCCACAGAUUUUUUUGCAUCUGUGUGAAAUAAACAACAUCCUUUAAGCAAUGCCCGUUUGCAUUAACACUUUGCGUGAGUUCUAAGUUGUGAGGAUAAAUGGUCCAUCCUACUGUCCCAGCAGAGAACAUUAAUUAGGACUCACAAUGUUGACAUACUGUAAUCUGGAAAUUUUCGCUGCAGUUUAAUUUUUUUCGUCCUCUGUAACAAGGUUGAAUUUAUCACGACAGUGUAAAUCAGUAUAUGGUACACCAUAUAUAGUCACUACAUGUGAAGGGUGAAAAUUAACACUCGCAAAUAUAGAUUUCACCAGUGAAGGGUGAAUGAUUAUAUGACUAGUGGAAAGUUUCUCAGGAUAAUCAUGUCAGAAAAAGGCUUGUUAUAGAACAGUUAAAACAUUUUUAAUGAAACUUAAGGAAAGUGCUGAUAAAUAAGAAAAAGGAAAUCCUCUUUAAUAUAUGUAUUUUAUCAAACUGUAGGAACUAGAAAGAGAUGAAAGGUUGUUUGGUUGUUGUUUAGACAUUAAAUGUUGGUUGUAAGGAGAGAGUAGAGGAAGUGUGUGCAUUAGUAGAACUGGGUGAGGACUGAAAGUUUUGAAGAAUUCAUUGAAAUCUGUUUCUUUUUGUUUUGACUUGUUUGCUAAUAAUUAUGUAUUGGAUUGUUUGAUUAAAAACAAUUUUAAAAAUUAGAAA